CAACAGUGAUUCCAGCGGCGGCUGCCGGUGAAGUUCUCAAAGGAAUUGCGUUGCUAAAAAGAAGAAAUUCCUGGCGGGGCAAGCCUCUCCAUGACGCUUAACCCGAUAGCUUACCCUCACUUGUUCUCUUCUUUUGGGUCAUCCCUUUUAUUAGCGACCAGGUCAUUCACCAGGACUCGACGUUCUCGCUUUCUCCCCCACCUCUGGAACCCCUCCUUUAACGUUUUCAUCCCACACGGCCGGGCCGUCUUGAAUCGCACGCAAAACGCACGCUUCUGCCAGACUCGCACAAUUGCGACCAUGAGUACACCGAGCCCGAUCGACCGGCUUGUGCAGAGGGUCGACGGCAUGAGCCUCGAAGCCAUCGCCGAGAAGUACACCAACUGCUACCCUGAGCUCAACCCGUUCGAUUUCUACCGCGCCCACCUCUCCAACGUCCUCGCCGAGAUCACAGGGGUGGACCACAAGAUCAUCUACCCGGCCCUGUCAUGGACGCAGAGCCUCGAAAAGGGUGACCUCAUCUUAGCCGCGCCUGCGCUCCGGAUCAAGGGGCAGAAGCCUGACGAGCUGGCCAAGCAAUGGGCUGAGAAGUUUCCCGAAAAUGACCCCCUGUUCGAGAAGCCGACGGCGAUCAACUACUUCCUGGCCUUCUACGUCAAGGGCGCCCCAAUUGUCCAGAGCGUCAUCCCGAUGAUCCAGCACUACGCGGCUGACUUCGGCAGCAACAAGUUCCACGGGAUGAGGGACCCCAAGGGCCCCAGCAAGGGCAAGAAGCGCAUCAUUGUCGAGUUCAGCUCGCCGAAUAUCGCGAAGCCAUUCCAUGCCGGUCACCUGCGCAGCACAAUCAUUGGUGGUUUCCUGGCGAAUCUCUACGAGCGUGCCGGGUGGGAGGUGAUCAGGAUAAACUAUCUCGGCGACUGGGGCAAGCAGUACGGUCUCCUGGCUCUGGCAUUCGAGAAAUACGGCGACGAGGAGGCGCUCAACAAGGACCCUAUCAACCACCUGUUCCAACUCUACGUGCGCAUCAACAGCGAGAUGACGGCCGAGAAGGAGCAGAUCGAGAAGCGGAAACAGGACGGCGAGGACGUGACCGAGUUGGAGGCGAACAGCCUGGACGAGCAGGCCCGCCGGUACUUCAAGAAAAUGACGGAUAGGGAUCCUGCGGCUUUGGCCCAGUGGAAGCGGUUCCGCGAUCUGAGCAUCACCCGCUACCAGCAAACGUACGCUCGUCUCAACAUCAGGUUCGACGAGUACAGCGGUGAAAGCCAAGUAUCCGAGGAGGCGAUGGAAAAGAUUGGCAAGGAGAUGGAGGAGAAGGGUAUCUGCAAGGAGGACAAGGGCGCCAUGAUUGUCGAUUUCUCGGAGCUUGUGCCGGGCAAGGAGGGCAAGCGCCUCGAGAAGCCCAUCGUCAGGAAACGGGACGGCACUGCCUUGUACCUGACUCGCGACAUCAGCGAGCUGCUUAGCCGGCACGAGAAGUACAAGUUCGACCAGAUGAUCUACGUCGUAGCAUCGGCCCAGGACCUCCAUCUGAGGCAACUGUUCAAGAUCAUCGAGCUGCUGGGGCACAAGGAGAUUGCCGCCAAGUGCCAGCACAUUAACUUCGGUCUGGUGCUGGGCAUGAGCACGCGCAAGGGCACCGUCAAGUUCCUCGACGACAUCCUGCGCGAUGUCGCCGACAAGAUGCACGAGACCAUGAGGAAGAACGAGGACAAGUACAACCAGGUCGCUAACCCAGAGGCGACGGCCGACACACUCGGCAUCAGCAGUGUCAUGGUACAGGACAUGACAGGCAAGAGGAUCAACAACUACACCUUCAACAUGGACGCGAUGACGUCGUUCGAGGGUGAUACCGGCCCGUACCUGCAAUACGCGCACGCGCGUGUGUCCUCGAUCCGCCGCCGCGCAGGGCUCAGCGACGAGGACCUGGCUAGUGCCGAUCUAUCUCUCCUCACGGAGACGCAUGCUAUCAACAUUGUCCGCCUGCUUGCCCAGUGGCCCGAUACUGUCCAAAACACGCUCAGGACGUUGGAGCCAACGACGGUGUUGACCUACUUGUUCAAGAUGACGCACGCCCUGAGCAGCAGCUAUGACCACCUCCAGGUUGUGGGCAGCGAGCGGGAGCUGAUGAAGGCACGUAUGGCGCUCUACGAUGCCGCGCAUACUGUGCUAGGGAAUGGCAUGCGUUUGUUGGGGUUGAGUCCUGUUGAACGCAUGUAAAAUCGGGAUGUUUGAGUGGGUAGCUGAUGGCUAGAUACUGGCGCAAACGCCUGCGCUUCUCCGACAAGAAUAGAUCAGGUCGACAGGGGGGUUGCUCCCGUAUUCCUCUCAGUUCCGAUUUGCGCUGCGAAAUCGUCCAGUGUUGAGCUUUCUCGGCCGCUUCAAUUGUCUAACGUUGCACAGUACGGACUACAUGGGGCACCGGCGGC